ACAAGUUUAGUUCAUUAACACGAACCAGCUGGCGUCAAAUAAGCGAACGCUACAUUGCAAUUUUUUUUUGCGCCAAACACACUAGCGUCUGCUAUUUCGUCGUAAUUAAGAAAAUACAAAUUAUUGCACACACAAUGAGCGACGCAAGCAGCGCUGCAAAUGCAGCAGAAACUGGCGAAGUGAAUCCAUUGGAGCAAUCUACAAUUACAAUGCUCGACGUGCUGGAAGAGGAAAAAGAAAUGGAGGAAGAAUAUGCGGCCGUACUUGGAGCCUCCGAUGAAAAAGCUUGCACAUAUGGUAAGGGCGCAAUACAACGACAGGCGCUAUAUUCCUGCUUAACCUGCUGCCCCGAGGCACGCAACGAUGUUUCUAAGAGUGCUGGCAUUUGUCUUGCUUGCUCCUAUCGCUGUCAUGAGCACCACGAAUUGAUUGAACUCUACACAAAGCGCAACUUUCGUUGCGAUUGUCCAACGAUGAAAAUGGGCAGCGAGAAGCGUUGUGCUCUCAACGCUCAGCUGGAUGAAGUGCAGCCGGCGAAUGCGGACAAUCAAUACAAUCAGAAUUUCCAGGGCUUGUACUGCAAGUGCAAGCGUCCGUAUCCCGAUCCAGAGCGCACUACAGAGGAGAUAAUGCUACAGUGCGCCAUUUGCGAGGAUUGGUUCCAUUUGGCACAUAUGGAAGCGCCACCAGCUGCCAACGAAAAGUGGCUCGAUGCCUGUAGUGAAAUGAUAUGCGACGGCUGCAUGAAAAGUCAUGAGUUUCUUAGGGAUUACACUGGACUUGCUUUACAACCAGUUGAAGCAAAGGAGGAGCAGGAGAAUGAAGCCAAAGUGGAGGAAGCAAACGAGGAGCCGCUACAGAAACGGAGCAAACAAGAGGAUGACGACUGCAAGCGUCCCAAACCGAAGAAGGAGCACAAGGGCGCCGCUUUCUGGACCAACGAUUGGCGUAAAUCGCUUUGCCAGUGCGCCAAGUGCAUGGAACUCUACAAGGAGCAGUCGGUGCAGUUUCUGCUAGAUGCCGAGGAUUCAGCCAAAUCGUAUGAGGAGCGCGGCAUGAAGCGUGCCGAGGAGAACUCCAGCUAUGAGCAGGGCAUACGUGCCUUGGCCUCCAUGGGACAUUCGCAGCAGAUCGAUGCCAUUACCGAAUACAAUCGUAUGAAGGAUAAGCUCAAGGAUUAUCUGCAGUCAUUUGCUACCAGCAAGAAGGUUGUCACCGAGGAUGAUAUUAAGCGUUUCUUUGCCGGCAUGCGUGAUGAGAACAAUGCCAAUAAUAGCUCAACAGCCCAGCAGCCCUAUUUUUGCCGUUAAACACAGUAUUAUUAUUAUUCGUAUUCGUAUUCUUAUGUUUUACACACAUUCCCAAAAUUUAUCACGAGAAGCAGAAUUGGAUUUCAUUUAUUGAAUGUUAACAAAAAAUCAAAUACAGUUGAAGUGUACAAUAAUAUUAGAUGAGAUUCCGAGUUACUUGCUACAAACCUAACAACUAAUUAGCCAAAAGAAGCAAAGGCCUCAUUACUAACAUAUAAAAACAUAUUUAUAUACAUUCAUCGUAUCAUCAAAAUUUGGAAGGAAAGUUUCUCUUCGCUUAUUUGUUAUCGCAAACAGUACAUAAACACAAUUCAACACUA